CCGUGAGUGCGCGCUGGCAUGAGGGCGGGAGGGAGAGAGGAGCCCGCAGCGUAUCCCUGCGCUCGCUCGCCCCUUUCCCCGUUGCUCGGCUACACGCCGAGCAAGCGAGUUGCAAUGCCGUAACACGGCGAACGCGCCGGCACUUUACUUACCUCACAGGUAAGCCCGCGCGCAACUCGCGUACAGGCCCCGGCGACUCUUACUCUGCCGACGGAGAGGAGCCCGGCGUCUCGCGAAUGCCGGUCCAUAACGCAACCAGUUACACGUUACGCGAGGUCGUUUGAGUGCGCGAGUGACGAGGCGGUGCUAAUACACGUGACCGAUACACUCGACGAAUUUUAAGUGCCAGUGCAACGACGCCCGAGGCGCCUCAAACCGAGGGGAUGAUGUACCCGCAUUCCUGGAGGAGCGGCCGAGCUCAGCGAUGGACCUGGCGAUAGUGCGCCAGACGGGAGAAGCAGCGACGAGUGUCGAGGACGUUAACAGCUGCAACGACAUCACGAGGAUAAAGGUCCGGCGGGGAGUGUGAGCGCCACGGGGUCAUAGUAACGGCGCCGUGUGAUUGAGCACAUGUCCGGGCGCCGGAUAAUGGGUUGAAAAGUUGCCGGGCGCGCGAUUAGACGCCGGCCAGCGCUCACUCACGCACACGGACUCGCUCUCACGACAUAUUAUCGGUAAGGCGCGCGCGCGCGCGCGGGAGGACAGUGCAGUGCGAUAAGGCGGCCCUGGCCCCGAAUGUGUCGCGGAGACGAUGGACGUGUUCAAGAUCGACCAGUCGCUAACCGCGGGCCUGGGUAGUGCCCCGGCGCCCGACACACUCACCCCCGAGGUCUCCUUCGACGCCGGCAGCGAGUUCAAUCUGAGCUUCUUCGACGGUCCCGAGGAGAACAGCACCCAGGGAUUCAGCGACCCGGGCUCCGUGGGAAGUGCGAGCGCGUCCCCGCCCCCGGGGACGCCUGGAACGCUGCCCGUCAAUCCGGCCAGUACGACUAGCCUGCCGAUCGUCCAGGUGCCCACUGGCAUCGUCGUUAAGCAAGAACAACACUACGCGGCCGCGGACUCGAACAGUUCCACGCCCGCCAAGAGUUUCGUGCCGUGCAAAGUCUGCGGCGACAAGGCGAGCGGAUAUCAUUACGGCGUCACCAGCUGCGAGGGUUGUAAAGGCUUUUUCAGGCGGAGCAUACAAAAGCAGAUCGAGUAUAGGUGCUUGAGAGACGGCAAGUGCCUGGUGAUAAGAUUGAACCGGAAUCGCUGUCAGUACUGCAGAUUCAAAAAGUGCCUGGCUGUCGGCAUGUCUCGAGAUUCGGUCCGGUACGGACGUGUGCCGAAACGCUCACGCGAGCGAGGACCCGACGACGCCACGCCCACGACCACCACGACAACGAGUGGCGGCCCGACGACGCCCACCGGGCCAAACGGCAUAGUGCCCCAGAUCUCCGCCGCUCCCGUACCCAACAACAACAACAACAACAACAACAACAACAAUAAUAAUAAUAACAAUAAUAACAAUAACAAUAUCAACAGUAGCGGCAACGGCAAUACAAAUAACAACAACAGCCAGAACGCGAUAGGACGAAUACAGCAGGCGACGGUCGUCGAGGCUGACCAGUCCGAUGCCGAUGUCAAGCAGCUCGCGGUCUACGACGUCAUACUCCAGGUGUCACAGGCUCAUCACGCCCACUGUGGAUUCACCGACGAGUCCACAAGGGGCAUCGUCAGGAAGCCCAUGAUCAUACCCCCCGCGAGUCCGGAGGACCCGGAGGCGGCCUCGUCGACCGCUGAGACAGUCGAGUCGCACAGGAUCUGGCUAUGGCAGCAGUUCGCCGCCCGUGUCACCCCCUCGGUUCAGAGGGUCGUCGAAUUCGCGAAGCGCGUCCCGGGCUUCUGCGAGCUCUCCCAGGACGACCAGCUCAUCCUCAUAAAGGUCGGCUUCUUCGAGGUCUGGCUCAGCCACAUAUCCAAAAUGACAUCCGACACGUCCAUGACCUUCGAGGAUGGCACCUACAUCACCAGGCAACAGCUCGAACUCAUGUACGAGCCGGACUUCGUCUCGGCGGUGAUGCAGUUCACCUCCGCCCUCAACAGCCACCAGCUUACGGAUGCGGAGCUCGGUCUCUUCUCGGGCGCGGUCCUGCUGAGCGAGCGCCCGGGCCUCAACGACGUAAAGGCCAUCCAGAGGCUCCAGGACCGACUGCUCGAAGCGCUGCGUGUCCAGGCGGUCCGGGGCCCGGAGGUCAAUGGACUGGCCGUGGCCGGGAUCGGGGCUCUCUCCCAGAGGAUACCCGAGCUCAAGGCCCUCGGGGUCAGGCACGCCAAUCUCCUCGACUGGUUCAGGCGGAACUGGGCCAAGCUCAAGCUGCCGCCGCUCUUCGCCGAGAUCUUCGACAUUCCCAAGUGCGAGGAGGAUCUGCAGUGAAGAGAGGAAAUAGAAAUCAUUAUCAGGAUCACGAUUUCCAGUGCAUUUGAUAAUCAUUUGCGAUUAUUGCAAAACAAAGAAUCAAAUAAAAACGUGAGCAAGACGAACCGAAGCGACUUUGUUUUUGGCCUCUCAUUUGAAAGUGAGAAUACGUCUAUCGCAGUCAACAUACGACCAACAACGGCAAACACAACAUGAAAGAAGACGAAGAAAGUUUCAUUGCUUCCCUAGUCGAAUAAU